GCUGUUGUAUAAUCCUAGUAAAAAUUAUGAUUCAAUCUCUUUGGUCGUUAAAACUUGAUUGGGAUUCCGAAGUCCCCUUUGAUUUGUGUGAUAAAUGGAAAAAGUUCCAGUCUAAGUUAUGUCACUUAAAUGAUUUAAGAAUUCCACGGUGCGUUCUGAGUAAUAAACCUAAAAUAAUAGAAUUACAUGGAUUUAGUGAUGCUUCACAAUACGCAUAUUGUGCAACAAUUUAUACUCGAUGCAUUGAUUCACAAGGUUCUAUAAAUGUUCACUUGUUAUGUGCUAAGACUAAAGUCGCCCCAGUCAAAAUAUUGACUAUUCCUCGAUUAGAAUUGUGUGGUAGCUUAUUAUUGGUCCAACUUAUGAAAUCUGUUUCAGAUUCUGUUACUUUUCAGUACACUCCAUAUUAUUGGUGUGAUUCACAAAUUGUUUUGCAUUGGCUCAAUAAUGACCCAGCAAACCUUCAAGUUUUUGUUGGAAACCGUGUUGCAGAAAUUCAAAGAUGUACUACAAUUGAAAAUUGGAAUUAUGUUAGCUCGUCUGAGAAUCCUGCAGAUAUUGGUAGUAGAGGAAUUUUGCCAGACCAAUUAGCUCACUGUAAGCUCUGGUUUAAUGGCCCUCAAUUUUUAUCAACAGAUUUUGAUAAAACUAAGUUCUAUGAUUUACUUGAUAUAUCAAACCUUCCUGAAAUGAGAAAGAAAUCUAAGGCAUUAGUUUCUAUAAAAAAUGAUUUUAAUUCACUUUUUUAUAAAUACUCGAAUCUGAACAAAUUAAUUAGAAUUAUGGCUUAUUGUAGAAGAUUUGUUAAUAAUUCAAAGUCAAAGUCUAAUAGUAGAAGGUAUGGCCCGAUUUCAGCAAUCGAAUUUACUGAUUCAGAGGUUUUUCUUGUUAGAUUAGCUCAGACAGAAAGUUUUGUUGAAGAAAUUUCAUUAUUAAAUAACGGUAAAGACCUUUCGUCAAAGAGUAGAUUAUUACCUUUAACGCCUUUUCUAGAUGAAACUGGAUUAUUGAGAGUAGGAGGACGUCUUAGAAAAUCUUCUAGGAAUUAUGAUGGGAAACAUCCCUUACUAUUAGAUAAGAUUCAUGUUUUAAGCAAACUAAUAUUGAGACAUGAGCAUGUGCAACUUCAACAUGCAGGUCCACAACUCUUGUUAGCGACAGUUCGUCAAAAAUUUUGGAUAAUUGCGGGGAUGUCCCUAGCUAAAACAGUUGUAAGGAAUUGCAUUAGAUGCUAUCGGUUUAAACCCAAACCUGGUUCUACGAUUAUGGCUGAUUUGCCAGAACAUCGUGUUAAUAUAUCACAACCUUUUUUCAUAACUGGAUUAGAUUACGCAGGGCCAGUUACAUUAAAGGAUAGAAAAGGUCGCGGAUGUAAAACGUAUAAAGCGUACAUAUGUUUAUUUAUUUGCUUCGCCACGAAAGCAGUACAUUUAGAAUUAAUUAGUUCUUUGACAUCUGAAGCUUUCAUGGCAGGCCUUAGAAGAUUUGUUUUUAGACGCGGUAAACCCGGGCAUCUGUAUUCAGAUAACGGUACAAGUUUUGUAGGUGCCAAAAAUGAACUAAAAAUUUUGUAUGAUUUCAUUAGAAAAUCAGAGGAUGAAAUUGUCACCUCUUGCGCAGCUCAGAAUAUUAUAUGGCAUUUCAUUCCUCCUAGUACUCCAAAUUUCGGGGGAUUAUGGGAAAGUAAUAUAAAAGGGGUAAAAUAUCAUUUAUCUCGUAUUAUUGGUCAAACCCUUCUAACUUAUGAAGAAUUCUGUACAUUUUUAAUUCAGAUUGAAGGCACUUUGAAUUCACGUCCUUUAUAUGCUCUAUCAUCUGAUCCUAACGAUUACACUCCUUUAACUCCCUCACAUUUUUUAAUCGGAAGACCGAUGACCGCUGUCCCUGAUCAUACGUUUCAAGGAGAGAUAAAAAUAAACCAAUUGUCCAGAUUCCAACUGAUUCAGAAAUUGUUGCAAGACUUUUGGAAGCAAUGGUCAAAGAUUUAUCUGAAUGAUCUCCAACAACGUCAUAAAUGGAGAAGUAGUACUUCCACCAUUCAAGUCGGAUCUUUAGUGCUCUUAAAAUCUGACAAUUUGCCCAUUUGUCAGUGGCAGUUAGGAAGAAUAGUGUCUGUUCACCCUGGUGAUGAUGGUGAAAUUCGAGUGGUAACUGUUAAAACCGCUCAUGGACUUUAUAAACGAGGAAUAACUAAAAUUUGUGCAUUACCAUUAGCUGAGACUUGUUUCUAGUGUUCCUCAUUAACUUAGGUGAUUUGUGUUUGAACGGUCUUGGAGCUGUUCAAGGCGGGGAGUAUGGACGAAAAGUAUUAUUUAUUAUUGGAUAGACAGUUCCGCCCUUGCUCAAUGACGGGAAAAAACAAGCAUCAAAAAUACACAACAUAUAUUUGUCAGAUUGUCAUUAAAAUUAUUAGAUUGAUUGUCAUAAUAUAAAAUCACAUUUUUUAACAAUUUGUAAUUAAUUUUUUAGCUGAAUACAAGAAGUUUUUAAUAUAAUAUAUUACAGUCCAUUCUAUCAGAAGUUUGUCCAUAACAUUGUUUUUUUUUUCAAGAUGAAGAAUGUGUUUGCAAUAGUGGCAACCAUCUGCGUCGUCCUUUUAAUAAUCCAAACUAUAUCCGCAGCACCUGCCCCGGAUCCUCAAUGGGGAGGAGGCGGUGGCGUUGGAGUUAACGUUGGCGUUGGCAAGGACUCUGGCGUUAACGUUGGCGUUGGCGUUGGCCGUGGCCAAGGCAAAGGCAAUGGCGGUGACAGCGGCAAAGCCAAUAACGGUGGUGGUGGCGUUGGCGUUAACGUUGGCGUUAAUGAUGGCUUUAAAUUUGAUUUCAAUCUGAAUUGACCAGUGAUUUCAAUUAAAAAUCAUAAAAACUGUUCAUAAAAUAUUCAUACCUAAUUUUACAUCAGGACUCUAUAAAAUUGUAUAGUUUAUCCAUCUUUAUUGUGUAUUGUAAAAUGUUUUUGUAAUUAUUAAUUUAUUUAUUUAAUUUAAUGUAAUACUCGAAGUA